CAUCGAAACAAUCAUAUGUGGUUGUAGAUUACCUGUUGCAAAACUGCUGAUAUUCUUUCACUCAUACUAUUCCCUUACGGCACUUAUAAGCGAUAACAACAAUAAGACUUCAAUAUGGCUGCCGCAUCAUCAAACAAGUCGUUUUGUUUCUAUGAGAAUUACCUUGCGAAGAAAGAUGGUAUAAUUAACAAUGACGAAUAUUAUCACCACUUAUUUGACCAUUUCACUGGGAAAAUACACGAAGACAAUAUCGAAAACUGUACCGGCAAAGACAAAAGACUAAACAGGACAGAUCUACUUGCAGAUCUAGUUCAGGGUAUGGUUAAGAACAUGGAGCAUGUUGAAGAUGCAACUCCCUUCGAACUUGUUUUCAAAGCCUACCAUACUGGUACCUUGGAAGAUGUUAUUGCACAGCACGAUAUUCUAGAUGGAAAGUACGUUAGAUACAUUCGCCAGCUUUUGGCAACGCAAGCUUUACUAGAUAGACGGGCCGACGUCCUACAUUUCUGUCUGGGUCGAGGCGACUUCGAUUACGAGUAUAAUUUCACGUACGAGGCCGACUUGGUAACUGUGGACGAGCAUCCCAAGACAUUCGCAGUUCUUGAAAGAUCUGAGUUCCGUGAACUCCAUCCAAGAAGCGAUCCACCUUGGGUUGCUUUUGAUGUUGGUGGAGAUUUCCCUGUUGACUGGUAAUCAAUUGGAGGCGAAUAUCAAACUAUGGCGUUGUUCGACGCGCGGUUAUAUUUCCCGAAGAAUCAAUACAUUAUUGAUAGGUUUACAUGCAAUUGGAUGCAUAGAAUGUAAUUACAUACCUACUUGGUAUCCAGUCCCAUUAUGCUGGUCGGGAGUUUAACAGCUAAAAAAGGCCCAUCAUAUUUCCAUUAUUUGUAAUGCAGUGCUGG